UUAUUUUUAGUAGAAUUGGAAAAUUGGAAAUAAUUAACACUAUAAAAGGUGAUCUUUUGGAAGAUAAUCCUUUUUUCUCAUUGAGGAUUGUGAGAGAAUAGAAAAAAAGAAGCCAUCCCAUCCUUCCCAAAUCGGGAAACUAUUCUUCCUGCCCCAUUGCCUUCUCUGCAAAAAAAUUCUCUUUUGCCAACACUCAUGGAAGGCUCAACCAAUGAACGUCUUGAUUUUGGGAGGAUGGGUUACGGAUGCAACCAUUACCGAAGAAGAUGCAAGAUUCGAGCUCCAUGUUGCAACGAGAUCUAUUCCUGUCGCCAUUGUCACAACGAUGCCACGAGCAUGUUGAAAAAUCCUUAUGAUCGGCAUGAGCUGGUUCGUUCCGAUGUUAAACAAGUUGUUUGUUCAGUUUGUGAUACAGAGCAGCCGGCUACUCAAGUUUGUACUAAUUGUGGCGUCAAUAUGGGGGAAUAUUUCUGUGACAUAUGCAAAUUUUACGAUGAUGAUAAUGAGAAAGGGCAAUUUCAUUGCGAUGAUUGUGGAAUUUGUAGGGUAGGUGGUCGUGAAAAUUUCUUUCACUGCAAAAAAUGCGGGUCUUGCUAUUCGAUUAGCCUGCGUGAUAACCACUCGUGUGUAGAGAACUCCAUGCGGCAUCAUUGCCCCAUUUGUUAUGAGUACCUUUUCGACUCGCUGAAAGACACAACAGUGAUGAAAUGUGGGCACACAAUGCAUGUUGAAUGCUACAAUGAAAUGAUAAAGCGUGAUAAAUAUUGUUGCCCCAUAUGCUCCAAGUCUGUGAUCGACAUGUCUAGAACCUGGAAGAGAAUAGAUGAGGAGAUUGAAGCAACCAUUAUGCCUGAGGAUUACCGGUAUAAGAAGGUGUGGAUACUUUGUAAUGACUGCAAUGAUACUACAGAAGCUUACUUCCACAUAAUAGGGCAAAAAUGCAGCCACUGCAAAUCAUAUAAUACGCGACAAAUUGCCCCUCCAGUUCGUCCUCAAUAACCAGAGACUGGUUCAGGAAUUUAUUUUUAUUACAAUUAGGAGCCAUAGGAAGCUUGCAGCGUCGGUAUAAAACAGAAGGUGAAAUUUGAUUACAUGUCGAAUCAGAAAUUCGAAAUAUUUGUCGUCCUCGAACGAUUCUGUAUUAUUGCAUUUUGAUUCUAAAAAAGAAAAAAAAAAAUUGUUUGUAAUUUUUAGAAUAUUUAUGUAUGCCUCAAAACUUUCUUAAGGCUAUUCUUCCUCCAAAAUGGAGUUAAAGAAACCCAGCUACAGGGUUGAUGUAAACAUAUGUUGUAUACUCUGAUUUAAAGGAACGAAAGCUAGUCUUUUGAUGUUUUUUCGAGACAA